AUGCGCGUGUUGCUAUUCUUGGCCGUGCUCGUCGUAUGCUUGGUGGGCACCAAGGCCGCUAAUGACUGGUCUCAUACGGACAUCGAGAUGUUUGAGAUCCAGGCAGCACUUGAGAAGGCGGAGGGCGAAGGGGUCAACUUUUACUCGUUCUUAGGGCUCACGCCGUCGGCAUCCAUGUCCGACAUUCGCAAGGCGUAUCGCCAGCGCAGUCUUGAGUGGCACCCUGACAAAAACCCCAAUGCAGCCGAAGUCCACCAGCGGUUUGAGCGUCUGGGUCGUAUUCACAGUAUUUUGCGUGAUGAGCGUCGCGACCGAUACAAUCACUUUCUGUCGUUCGGAUUCCCCAAAUGGCGUGGCACUGGGUACUACUACUCUCGCUACCGUCCUGGACUGCCUCUGAUUCUUUCUGUGCUGCUCCUGUUAUCUGUGGGUGUGCAACUCGCGGUCAAAAAGUCACAAUGGCGCAAGAGCCAGCGGCGUUAUGAAAACUUAUGCCGCAGUGCCCUCGCCGCUGCCUGGGGCCCGGCAUUCCAGACGCCUCUGGCCCCUUCAUCCAAGCCACGGCCGGCGGAGAAAAAAGUUAGGGUCCCGAUGCACGGUUACUUCGACAUGCCUCCCGCACCCAGGGAAGCGGAUAUUACCGCCGGCACGGUGAACUGGGACAGGGAGGCAGACAAGGUGCGUGAAGCGCUCCAUGCUCCUUCGCCGGAGACAGAUGACGAAGUUCCCUUGAUUGAGCUGGUUGUAUUUGGUGACGGCAGCCUGGCCCUCUAUGAAGCUGCGACACGCGAGCUCAUUCCCCUGGAGCCUGUGCUGGACUCGGACAUGCCCACUCUCAUGUCCACAUGGCCCUUUCAGUUGUGGAAGAAGCUGGCCGGGUCCCGCGAAGUGGCGCCUGAGGCUGUGCCAGAACAGGCAACUGAACCGAUCGCUGAACCGACCGCUGAACCGACUACCAACACGAGUGCUAUCUCCAAAAAGGAAGCCAAGCGCCGUAAGCGUGCUGGCAAAACAUAA